AUGUCAAACCUGGCUUCGACCUAUGAGGAUCUCGACCGACCUGAGGAGGCAGAACUCCUGAGGGUAGAGGUUCUAGAAAAGAGAAAGUCAACCUUCGGUGAGGAACAUGAAGACACGAUCGACGCUAUAGCUCGUCUAGGGACCCUCUACCUCGACUUGGGCAAAUUAGAAGGCGCGAAAGAGCUGAUACAACGUGCCUGGAUGCUCGCAAAAGAGACUGAAAAGCUCGAGGUGGAACCAUCCAGAGACAGCGUUCGGAUACUAGGUCUGCAUCAUCCUCUCACAUUGAAAUGCAGAUACUCUAUGGCUGUGGUCCUGAAACGCCAUGGCCGAGAGGCGGAAGCAAUCCAGCUGUUAGUCGAGACGACAAACGAAGCGGAACAAGUCAUAGGGUCUUUCAACGAGGAUAUUUCGAUAUUCAUCGGGACAUUGUCGGAAUGGUGCGGUGCAGACAAAGCUAUCAGAAUGCUCCUAAACGCUCAAGAGGUAGGGAAAACAUCCCUUCUCUCCGAGGACUGGGAGGUUAUCUCGAACCUAUUUGAAUAG